UGUGAAUAAUGAAGGAAAUGUCCCGGAACUUGAAGAAAUCGUCGAGCCAAUUCAAAAUUUUACUGAAGAAGGAGCUGAAAAUGAGGGUUUGUACGAGUCAAGUGAUGAAAGUGAUUCUGAUGACUUUAGUUUAUGCGACGAACUUGCUAAAUGGGCUAUUCAGUUUCAAGUUAGCUUUGUUGUAAUCAAUGCACUUUUGUCACUAUUACUAAAAUUUAACAAGAAAGUUCCAAAAGAUGCCAGGACACUUUUAAAAACACCUUGUUCUGUUAUUGAAAGAAAGGUUGGGACAGGGAAGUACAUUCACUACGGAUUAAAAGACGCUUUAACCGAUUUCUUUGAAAGAAAUAAAUGGAAUUUGAAAGAUAUAGUUCUUGAUUUUGGCAUCAACGGUCUACCGUUAUUCAAAAAUAGUUCAAAACAAGUUUGGCCGAUAUUAGGAAGUGUUGUUGGAUCUAGUUAUGUUUUCAUUGUAGGCAUAUUUGAGGGAACUUCAAAGCCUUACUGUCCGAAUGAUUUUUUGAGCGAAUUUGUCAAGGAACUUAAUGUUUUGAUGAAUGAGGGGUUGGUUUUUGCUGAAAGGUUCUAUAAUAUUAAAGUUCGUUGUUUUGUUAUGGAUGCACCAGCAAAGUCUUUUGUUUUGGGAACUAAGGGACACAGUGGACACUCGCUGCACCCAGAAAGGAGAAAUACUCAAGCACCGUCUUAUUUUUCCGACGGAAAGAGAGUACGCAUUAAGAACUAGCGAAACCUUUCGAAAUCGCCUUCAACCAGAACAUCAUUUGAAGCUGCCAAUUUCGCCAUUAGAAAAACUGAACAUAGAUAUUGUAUCCCAAUGUUCCCUAGACUAUAUAUCCUUGUAAGUAACACUGAUCGAUUGAUCAACUUUAAUGUCUUAUCAUUUCUCAAAAAUGUUAUUUGCAGUGCAAAAUGUGUACACAACCCAGCCUGAAAAUAGCGUUUUGAAUUUAUUAAUGGAAAUGCGUGCUGAAAUAGCCUCAUUAAAAAAUGAGGUUACAGACUUGAAGAAGGAAAUCAAGGACAUGAAGGAGACUACAAAGCGUCAAUUUGUCAAAUUAACGGAAGAAGUUGUUACCGUCAAAUUAGAGGCACGCAAACAACAUGGAUUAGAUAUGGUAAUAGACGAACUUAAUGACACUCACAAAUUUCCGUUCAACGAGGUAAAGGAUUUGCAAGCCUUCGAUGUAUUGGUGCAGCAAAAUGAAACGAUACUUAAACAAUUUAAAGAAUUUAUUGCAAAAACCGGCGGUAAAGGACCCCUUCAAUUCCUUCGGGCUGCCGUUCGAAAGAUUUUUUCUAACAAUUUAGCCUGCCAAUACAGCUGGAAGGGCACCAGUGUAAAGCCAAGUGCAGAAAAGUGUUAGUAAUUUUGUGUUUUUAACACGUAUAUAAAGAAUUAGUAAAAUGGACAGACUUGUACAUAUUUAAUUUCAGAUAUUUGUCAUCUAAAAUACACAAGUAACGACAAGGAUAUGAAGACAAUCCUUCAGAAACAUUUUGUUCACGCUCGAGACCGGGUUACAAAAAGAAAACAAUUAGAUUGAAGUUCCUGAUUUUUUUAUUUUUUUGGUUUUGCUUUUUUUAUUUAAUUUUUUACUAUAUUUUUUAGCAGUGGCAUUUACUAAAA